ACACGACAUCGGUAUUGUCUCGUGCAAGCCAUACCGACACAGCAAUAGUAUUCCGUACCUUUAAACACACCCGAUCAGUUGACGAGCAUUCCAUACCAAUAAAAAAGAAGAGUGAAGUCCUUUCUUUUAGUGUUAAACAUAAGUUCGGCUGAGUUUACAGAAAUGCAGCGUUACAGCUCAGUGUUACAGUUUUGAAAGACAUAAAAGGCAUAAACCAAAUCUAUAUCCGAUAAGAAAGGAUCCGCUUACGUUCGCGUAUAGUAAAAGGAUUGAAUCGAUAACGCAUUUCUUUUGUGCUGGAUGAGAAAAAUUAUUUUGUGAAGUAAAAUCGAACAAAAAAAAAAAUUGGCUGAGAACGGAAUUUACAUUCCAUCAGCGAGAACGGGGGGAAAAAAAAAUAACGAAAAUCAAUUGACAAACAAAAAUAAUUUUUUCUUCUUCUUCUCUCGGGAUACAAAACAGAAACUGAACAAAAUGAAGUGGUUGUGGUUGUUAUUUACGUUUGUACUACUAUUCUCGAUUGUUUGUGCGAAAAAGAAGAAAUUCGAAGGAGACUUUGAAUUCGUGGAUGAGGACGACAAAGCAGCUGUUCAGAAACCCAUACCAGAAAAGAAGAAAUGGAUUCAUGAUCCGACAAGUGACUUGUGCCGUCCUCUCAAUUGUAAGAAACGUGAACUUUGUCUUCUGGAAGAUGCUUAUACAGCAGUAUGUGUAUCGAAAAAGGAGCUACAUCGUAACAGAGACGAAGUUAUAACUAAAAAUAAAAAUAUGGAAAACGAUGCGAAACGAAAGUCAAUGGAAGACGAGGAGGUCGAUGAUGAAGCUGUUAGCUUUGAGAAAAAUUCGUCGGCACCUCAAUUCGAAGAUUCCGGUAUCGAUGAUGACGUUUUCUACGAUUCGGAUGGCAACGAACAAGAUGAAGACAGCUGCAAGCCUUGUCCCGUAACAAAGCCUUCAUUCUUAUGUGGAGUUGACAAUCGAACGUAUUCAUCGGUCUGUCGUCUGGAUUAUCACAAUUGCAUCCAUGGCACAGCAAUUAAAGUAUUGUGCAAAGGUUUCUGUCCGUGCAAGGAUCGAAAGGAUUCGAAUUUAAACAAGCAACAACGAAUGGCUGAACGACAAAAGAAUAUGCAAAACAAGAUGAAAAUGACACUGGACAAUGAGGCCAAUCAAAAGAUUAAAGAUGAAAAAAAUCGUCACUUCAAUCAUAUUAAUUCUCAAAUAACUUAUACGCCAGAAGAUGUGAAGUAUGACAACAAGCAUUACAAGUAUAUCAAAUAUACGUCCAAUAAAAAAGAACAGAAGCCGGACAAACACAAAAUUCAUGGAUACAAUGACGUCAUUGAAAAGCCAAAUCCAAAAUACUUUAAAUCAGCCAGCAGUCCAAAAUUCCCAUCCAAAUCGAACGAAUGCAAAGCUGAUCAGUUAACAGCUAUUGGUAACCGUCUUCUCGAUUGGUUCUCGGUUAUCAUGACCGACAGCAAGAAGCGACGACAACAUUCACAAAAAUCAAAAGCUCAUUUCCCAGCUGCUUGCAAAGCCGAAGCUAGAUGGAUGUUUAAUCAUUUGGAUCUGAACAAUGACGGUUCGUUGUCGUCGCAAGAGCUGUACGAUUUGGAACACGAUCAGAAUGAACGAUGCAUUAAGCCAUUCAUUGAUACCUGUGACCUCGACAACAACAACACCAUCAGUCCACGCGAAUGGUGCCGAUGCUUUGAGAAAACAGAUCGUCCUUGCGCGGCUGUCCGACGGAGGAUCGGUACAGAUUUGUUGGGAACAUACGCUCCAGACUGUGACACUCAAGGAUUCUACAAAUCGACUCAGUGCCACAACUCGGUGGGUGUCUGCUGGUGUGUCGACAAACAUGGCGUUGAAUUUGCGAACACGCGUACGAGAGGAAAGCCCAGCUGCGAUGAUGUCAUCAAUAAUGCGGAAUCUUUGACUUCAGACGAUGAAGAUGAUGAAACUGACGACGAAGAUACGUCAGAGGGUAGUGCGGACAACCUACUUAUCUUCUAAAGCUUCGAACUCUUCAAACAUCAUUUACACUUCCCAGAACUUUUCCUUUUUUUUUUGUUGUUGUUAAUUUCGGUUUUUUUGUUCACGUCUGUAAGUGAUUCCGGUGCAUAUGGAAUGCAAUUCAUCUUAGAGAAAUUUAAAAAUAAAAAAUUUGAGUUGCUAGUCGGGACAGCCUUUCACAUUCUAGUCCUAUACAGUUGAUCAGCCAAUAAGCUUUUAAUCAGACCCAAAUGAGCGACUCCACUGAAUUCACCAAUUUGUUUUAUUGACAAAAUUGUUUACGUUCAAGACAAGGCACCUUUCGUGAAGCCCCUACACACAGUCGUAGCAACAGAACUGAUUGUAUUAGAAAGAACUAUUCCCCUGACUGUCUUAAUCACACAAAAAAUGGCCGACCUAUGGACCUAUGGAUCGGGUUUCGUAUACUCGACUUAUGUGCAAAAAGUCGUUCACUCACCUCGUGAACUUCAAGAUCUAGUGAGAAACGAUUUCUGAAAACGUUAUUUCUACCGAAUAGUGUCACCAUUCAAUAAUGGUUUCCGAAUUGAAUUUGUGUAUCUAUACGAACUACAAUCACACUGACACAGUGCCGCUUUUAGCUUUUGGGCGCCAUCGGGCAAUUGGAAAAAUAGGCGCCAAUUUAGUAAAGCUAAUUUUUUUUAAGGACCUCGGGCGCCAUUUUCUUCUGCUCCACUUCGGGCGCCACGGGCAUUUGCCCAUUUGGCCCAUAUGGAAAAGGCGGCACUGCACUGACAAAAAAAAGAGUUGAAAGUCGUUGCAGGUGACUUUGUCUUCGGUUAAUCUAUGUUAUCUUCUACAGCUGUAUUUUUCGUAUGGAGAUCUACACCUGUUGCAGCUAUUGUUACCUGCAACAGGUAAGAUUUUCAACUCUUUUUUGUCAGGGCACCAUUUGAAUUUCAGAGUUCAAUCAAUUAACUGAUUAGAAAAUGGUUUCUGCCACUGUUUCGAACUGUGAGAUGAUGUAUAAGCAUCUUUCGAUGCUUUGCAUUUAAUAAUGCUGUUCAAAAAUAACUACAUCUCAUCAGGCCAUGGCGACAGUGGCAAAGAAAUGACGAACUUCUAUGAAGUAGGUCAUACCUUUUUGCAUGUACAACUCUAGUGAAUCAUAAAUGAAAUGAAAGUAAAUUUUCAUAUCAUUUCAUCACCAGACUUGCUCCCAAUUAACUGAUCCUUUUGUCGAUCUGUUUGCUUAACUCUCAACUAUAGGAUCACUUUCCAACUUGUUCAAUACGAGACACGUACCUUUCCACAAAAAAUCGGUGUUUCACCAUAAUUGGGGCUUCUCUUAGAAUAUAUAUACCGAAUCGGACCGAGUAGAUUGUUUUCGUUCGGCUUCCAACAAAACAAAGACAAAAAAAAGUUGUUGUAAACAUUCAGCACUUUAAUGCGGCAUAUAUUACUUUAUGGCACACCAUAUUUUAUCUAAUGUUUGCCGUUUUUUGUGUGGUUAUUGUAUGUUUUUUGGAGCUUCCAUAAAACGGCACCAUCCGAUUUUAAUAAUAUUAUAGUAGAGGGCAACUCACGGACAAUCACAAAUAUGAACGUUUUUUUUUCCAUAGAAGUGGGAAAAUUCAAUGAACGUACAUACCAGGCAUGGCCGGUUCUUCAAAAUCUAUCGAUUUAUCUUGAACGCACUCAUUAUUUUUGUCAAAAUAAUAUGAAAAUGGGUGCGUUAGAAUCCGUUUUUCGAAUCGUUAUGUCCUCCGAGGCGACAUUUGACCAUACCUGGGUGGUUUAUAUUCAUUGUGUAAAUGUACAUCCACUUCAGUUGAGUCGAUUUAAUGGCACUAGUCGACUUGUUUAAUUUCACUAAGUUGAUCAUUCAAUGCCGGUUUAUUGAAAAGGACUAAGCAUAUCUUAGUCAGUGAUUAUGCUUCGGUGGAAAUAGUUAUUUGUUUACUGAGGGGAGAAAAUAAGAAAUUCCAAUAAGAGCUAAGUUUGCGGCCAGAGCGAAUCCAGGGCCGAAAUUUCGCACGAGUUGGAAUUUCGUAUUUUCUUCCAGAGAUGAACGCUACGUUUUUGAUGUUGUGUUUUGCCUGUUUUUCUCCACGGAACAAAAACCUCGAUUUGCCAUACCAUUUUCGAAAACCUAAACGAAGUGACAGUUCGAAGGAAAAAAGUUCGGUUUUCUCCCUACGGGACAAAAAGUGCUGCACUUGUCUCAUUAGAACUGUCAUUCGACCAGUCGUCAAGAAAACACAAUUUUCUCGUGGCCUAUUGAGGGGAGAAAAUAAGGCAAAACACAAUGCGCGCAUGAAAAGUCAAUUGUUCACGCAAGUGUGAGGUUAUAGGACCGUAAAGGCGACAGUCAAUCAGAUUAUAUGUAUUAUGCAGACAUCGACACCGAAAUUGUGCUGAAAACUUAUUCCAAUCCUUUUUUGCGCUACAAAAAUGAAUGUUUUACAAUUAACGCUGCGUGACGAAUAAACUGUCGCAUUUUUUAUGCAGUUGAUGCGGGCGACCUUGUCUAAAUGGAAUAUUUCGAAAAAAGAGAAUAUUUUUUUCAGAUCCAUUAUCACCAUAAUCUAAUUAUAUAAAAGAUGAUGCCCAUACAACGGCAACGGCAUACAACGGUGGUAUUAACUGUUCAACAGUUAAAGCGUAUGAGUUUCACCAGAAGAUUGCGUAAAGAUUCGUAAUUUUGGCUGAGUUAGAAUUUUGAUUUGUUUUUAUUUGACGCAUGAUUACGAUGCAAAACUAAAUUUGCUGUCCUCAAUAUACAUAAAACUAAUCUGUUUAGUGAAAAAUUAGUAAAAAAAAAUUAAUUAAAUUUUAUCGUAAGUGUGAUUUCGUACAGUGUGUUUCAGUUCGAUACUGAAGUAAAAAUUCGCCGUCCAUUUGAUUUUUUUUUAAACUGUAAUGCUAGUUGAAACAGAAACUAAUCCAUGAUUACGUUUACAAUAAUACUUCAGUAAAACAAAAAAAAAGGCAAAAAUUUUAUUUGGAAUUUUAUUUGCUCAAAAUUUUCCGUUCAACUGUCUAAAAUUUAAAAAAUAAAUAAAAAAACGAAAGAAAACUCAUUAAACAUUCUUUACACCAAUAAAUUAUAGGGGGGCCAGUAAAAAAACAACAAGUAAAAUAGCUGCAAUUGCUUUACGACUAUAGAGCAAAAUGGUAAAGCGAUUAUAUAGAUACGAGGAACACUGUGCCGCUCGUCAUUAUAGUCAUACCUACAAUAUAAAUGACUUAGAGCUUUGAACAAGUGAUUACAGCCGAUCAAAUUGAAGCUUAUAUUUACUCAAGCCUUACACAUCUCGUCAUUUUUAACUGUUCCAGAGCUAUCUAGAUCAAAGUUUGAUA